UUCGCUAUUUCCCUUAUCAAACAGAAAAUAAAGAGGGGAGAGAAGGAAAGUUUAGCAUCCCUAUUUUCCAUUCUUUCUUUUUUCUCUCUCUCCUUUCCCUCUGAAAAAUAUUCACAAUUUGACAUGAAUUAAUUAGUACAGUUCCUUUCCAAUCCUCUAUAGAUUGGUACGUAACAAUGGGUGAAGGAUCUUCCCCUUCUUCAAAGAAAUCCAGGAAACCCGAUUAUUCGAGGUUUACCCAACAAGAGCUUCCAGCUUGCAAGCCAAUUUUAACUCCACAAUGGGUUGUCACGGUGUUUAUCUUCCUUGGCAUCGUCUUCAUUCCUAUAGGCCUUGCCGCAUUGUCUGCAUCAGAAAAAGUAGUGGAAAUUGUAGAUCGUUAUGAUGAGGAUUGCGUUCCUACAAAUUAUACAAAGUCAGACCUUGCAUAUCAUGAUAGGAUUGCAUUUAUCAAAAGUAAUAAGUCAAACAAGACCUGUAUCAGAACCUUGACAGUUUCCAAGAAAAUGAAGCAUCCUAUCUAUGUUUAUUAUCAGCUUAGUAACUUCUACCAGAAUCAUCGGCGAUACGUAAAAAGCAGAAAUGAUGAGCAAUUGCGUAACCCAAAUUUUAAGGGCAACUUAGAAAAGACUUGUGCUCCUGAAGCCAUGAAUGGAGAUCAGCCUGUGAUUCCCUGUGGCCUUAUCGCUUGGAGUUUGUUCAAUGAUACAUAUGGUUUUUCAAUUAAGAACAAAGUUUUACCAAUCAAUAGGAAGAACAUUUCAUGGCCAAGUGAUAGAAAGCACAAAUUUGGAUCAAAAGUUUACCCUAAAAAUUUUCAGAAAGGAAGUUUAAUUGGCGGUGGAUCACUUAACGCGAGCAUACCUAUGAGUGAGCAAGAGGAUCUUCAAGUUUGGUUGCGAACUGCGGCAUUACCAACUUUCAGAAAGUUAUAUGGGAAGCUAGAGUUUGAUCUUGAAGCUAAUGAGAACAUUACUGUAGUAAUACAAAACAACUAUAACACAUACACGUUUGAGGGUACAAAGUCUCUGGUUCUUUCAACCACAACAUGGAUUGGUGGAAAGAAUAAGUUCCUAGGUAUCGCAUAUAUGACCGUUGGUGGAAUUUGCUUAUUCGUGGCAAUAGUAUUCAUACUUAUGUAUGUCAUCAAACCAAGGCCUUUUGGUGAUCCAGCCUAUCUGUCAUGGAACUUGAAUCCUACCGGGAACUGAUGUUGUCUACCCUAUCAUCCGCCGAGAUCUUCUCUCCAAUUUUUUCCUGCAGAAGAGUUUAGCCGGGUUUAGUUGUUAAUGCUUUCUAUACUGGAUACUUGCAAGUUCUGGACCAGUGAGAGCAUCUUGUGAUUAAGUCUAUUGUUAAUGAUGUCUAUUGUAAUUUCACUAUACAUAUCCUAUUAAUCAUCAAAACCACUGCUUUGCAGCUUCAUUCGUUGAUUACAUUUGUUGUGGUGGGACAAUCUUUCUAGACCACUGAAUUGUACCAAAACAGAAUGCUUGUUGUAUACUCUUUUAUCUACUGAUUAGGACAGGACUGCACACUGAAAUUCAUUGUU